AUGACGACUCAAAACUUCAAGAACGAAAAGGACAUUCCUGUCUCUCACCAGGAUUUCCCUGGUACCGAGAGGGAGAUGCCUAACCCCAAGGCCACCCGAGACGAGCUCCCUGAGGCCGGUGGUAACUCGCGAACAUACCAAGGCUCCGGAAAGCUCAAGGGCAAGAAGGCUUUGAUCACCGGAGGUGACAGCGGUAUCGGUGCUGCUUCAGCUCUUCUCUUUGGUCGAGAGGGUGUUUCAGAUAUCACCAUUGCUUACCUGCCUGAGGAGGAGAAGGAUGCUCAAGAUACCAAGAAGCAAGUUGAGGGUGAGGGCGCCAAGGUCCACCUUAUCGCUCUCGACCUCUCCAAGCAGGAGAACUGCAAGAAGCUAGUCGACUUUGCUAUCGAGAAGAUGAACGGAAUCGAUAUUCUCUUCAACAACGCUGCUUAUCAAAUGGUCGUCAAGGACAUCAAGGACCUUCCCGAGGAGCAAUGGCUUCACACUUUUAACAUCAACAUGCACUCCUUCUUCUACAUCUCCAAGUACUCUCUACCACACAUGAAGACCGGCGCCACCAUUAUCAACAAUGCCUCCAUCAACGCCUACAUCGGCCGUCCCGAUCUCCUCGACUACACCUCUACUAAGGGUGCUAUCAUCUCCUUCACCCGAGGUCUUAGCAACCAAUAUGUCAGCAAGGGCAUCCGUGUCAACGCUGUUGCUCCCGGACCUGUCUGGACCCCUCUCAUUCCCGCCACAAUGGACGACGAGGCGCAAAAGAACUUCACAGCCCCUAUGGGACGACCUGCUCAGCCCUCAGAGAUUGCUACCUGUGUAGUCUUCCUCGCAUCAAGCGACAGUUCUUGUGUUAGUGGACAGACCAUCCACUGCAAUGGCGGUACCAUUGUCAACGGUUAA